AUGGCCACAGCUGAGGUGCCUACGCGGACUCAUGUUCGCAGCGGACGCCGCCACCCGUUCUCUAGCUGGAUGAAGAGACUUGCCAGUCUGAAGGGCUCCUCGACGGAUUCCAGCACAAUUCGCUGGUCCCAUAAACGCCAUGACUCUCACAAGAGCAAGAGAAACAACACCAAGAACAACCCUUACCCGCUCUCCGGUACUACGAACGUUGCCGGUGAAUACAGCAGCGAUUUCAUCUCUUCGGUCUCGGAUACAAAUGCUGCCAAUGGGCCACGAUCGUGCUCAUAUAGUGAACCUUCCAUUGCCUGUUCCGGAUACGACAACCAGGUGCCUGCGACAAGUGCAAAGUCGACGGCCCCGACCAUCUCAACGAACGGUGACACGGCCAUCUCCGAGGCAGCAUACUCCAAGGCAGGAACGAUGGCUACAGCAGGAGGAGGGAUCAGCUCUCGCGGCGGAGGCGAAGGAAGUACCUUCUCUUCGCCCGCGCCGUCGGUCCGUUCGUUGACCACUACCCUAACUACCGUGCAGUCCGCCGCGCCGUCCACUCACUUCUACAACGUGCAAAGUACACAUCAAGGCCUAGCGCAUGCGAACUCGACGCACAGCACAGCGAAUCAACAAGUACAAUUUUCCCAGCCAUUUCCUUCCUCCCCUGCGACCGCGGUGCCACCCCAUCUUGUCCCUCACGGCCAGUCUCAUACCUACAGCACUGCGACUGCCAACAAUAUUCUCACUGACAACGCAUCCAUCCUCACUCUGGCUUCAUCUUCAAAACGUCGCCGCAGGAACUCGCUGGAUACAAACGCAUCGGUCCGCGCUCUGGCGCCGUCCUCGGUAUUUGGUGGUAGUCGCGAGAGUCUGCCUCUGAGCGUGCUCAGUGCGAAUGUUGGAGAGCCAUCCAACACGUCCACGUUCAAUACACCCGGAGUACUCAACCGUCCCAGCAUGGUGGGCCUCGCUAGCGCUGAGCGGAUCAGUGUAUACUCAGCGUCCGGUGCGAACGCGAGCGGCGAGCGAGGGAGCUACCAUAACAAACCGAAUCCAGGCACGGGAGAUGGUGCAAGUGUGAAGAGCGCAGCGUAUUCGCACAGUCGCAACGACAGUUAUGCGGCGAGCAUCUCGGGCGGGAUGGGUGUCGCGAUCGCCAGCGGGUCCGUCAGUCAGCCCAUGACGGGGAGGGUCAGUCGUCGCAGCUCGGGAUGGGGUGAGAUAACCGGUGAUGAAGGCGACCAGGAGAAAGAAGACAAGGAAGAGCGGCCAGCAGAGUUGAAGGAGGAGGAUUUCUUUGAUGCAAUGCCUGAAGGGACGACUGAAACGACAACGACCGCGACGACAAAGAAUUGA